GUUUUUUCGCACAACUGUCGUACGCUACGUUUUCCUUUACGUGCGGUUGGAUCGCGGUCGUAGAUGGGGCGUAGAUUCUCUCUGCAUAAAUGGGACAGAGUGCUUGACAUGCUCAGUCAGUCGCGGCGACAAGCUGCGAAACGUCGGUGCUGCACGCCGCCGGGUGCGAGAGAAAAGCGAUGUCGAUGACUUCCUGGAAGAGGACGCCAAAUGGGAUCGGCCGCUCGAUGUCCUCCGGAAAUGAUACGGCGGGUAUCAUUGUCAUUGGCGACGAAAUUCUGCGCGGCGACAUAAGCGACUCGAACGUGCAUCACAUCUGCUCGCGGCUGCGUGGUGUGGGCAUCCGUGUGGAGCGGGUGUCCAUCAUUCCCGACGUCGUGCCCGUAAUCACCGAGGAAGUGCGCAAGUUCUCCGCCUCUUACAGCUACGUAUUCACGUCGGGAGGCGUGGGGCCGACGCACGACGACGUCACGUACGAGAGUGUUGCCAAAGCGUUCGACGAAGACGUUUUCGUGCAUCCCGAGGUGCUCGCAUCUUACCAGACAUUGUACGGUCCCAGGUCUGAAGCCGAAAUAGCGAUCAGCAAAUUCGCGACUAUUCCACGUUCUUCGAGAAUACUCUUCGGUGACAUACAGCGACCUAAUAGGGUGCUACGGUUGCCCUUGGUGUGCGCCAAGAACGUAUACAUGCUUCCCGGUGUGCCUCUGGCGCUUGAGGCUCUGUUUCCACUGUUCCUCAAGGAUUGCGAGGACAAAGGCCAUAAGAUCAUGUAUCUUACGGAGCUGUUCAUUAAGUCUGACGAGCUAAGCAUAACAGCUUCUUUGAACAAGGCUGUGGAACAGUUCAAGGACAAGGUGAAGUUUGGAUCCUACCCGACGUUGGACAGUAACUACUACCGCGUGCGCCUUGCUAUCGAAGGCGAGAAGGAGGAAGACGUGGCCGAAGCGAAAAAGUUUCUCCUAGACAACCUGCCAGCUGACUCGGUGACUCAGUUCGACCGUGAUCCUUUGAACAAUGCUUGGCAGAAACUGAGUACUUUGGCGGAGCGGAAGCCACACGUUGCAGCAGCAUUAAAGGUUAUCGAGGAGGCCGUCGCGAAGUACACGUUGGAGGGAAUAUGCUUGGGGUUCAGUGGUGGAAAGGAUUGCACUGUUAUUCUUCACAUGCUAUACUCUCUGCUUCAGAAGCAACUGAAGCCCGGUGAAACAGUGCUGCCGAAAAUCCAGUGCCUCUUUGUGCACAGUGAGCAACUGUGGCCUGAAACAAUAUCAUUUAUUCACAACAGUGCGAAACUUUACAACUGCGAACUAACAACCAUAUCUGAAGGUAGCUACAAGGUUGCUUUGCAGCAGUACCUAACCUCAAAACCCGAUGUCAAGGCUUUCCUUCUAGGCAACAGAUCCACAGACCCUGGCGGUGCCAAGCUCAAGUCCUUCAUUCCAACAGAUGAAGGGUGGCCUCAGGUGAUGCGUGUCUUCCCUGUGCUGGACUGGUCAUACAAGGAUGUCUGGGACUUCAUACGUGACCUCAGUAUUCCUUACUGUUCUCUCUAUGACCAAGGGUACUCGUCGAUUGGAGAGAAUGAGGAGCCUAAUCAAGUACUAAUGUACUUCGACAGCCGAGGUGCCAAGCGGUUCAAGCCAGCAUACAUGCUGGAAGAUGCGAUGCUAGAGCGCUGUGGCAGGAAGUGAUUUCAAGAAGGUACACUACGCAUUGGAGGAGCUCUAUUGGUGAACUGGACUUUUCAUGAUUUUUUUAUGGCAUUAUUGUAUGAAAUUAGGUGUGCCUUACAACUGCACUGCUCUUUUAGGAUAUUUACAUGCAUGUGGUAGACAUAGUGUAAUAAAAUUGUAGGAUAUUUACAUAUGUUAA